CCUAGAGCUAUAAGUCAAAGAUGCUCCUUUAUAUCACAUAACUAUAACGGUGGCCAACAGCUGAUUAUUGCUGGUAUCAAGUAACAGUUAACCUAACCUGCAAUGAAUCCUUUCGGAAUGAACACAACUGUAGAAUAUGGGAAUGGUUUGCAGGAACAUUUUAAAACCUCACGUCACUACUGUGACGAGAAUGUUUCCAAAACAGAGGGAUAUUACAAUGUAUUAUUGAACUCUACUACAAACACUGACAUAUCAGGAAACGAAACUCAGGCAGUUAGUGGAAACAAUGCCAAUAUUCCUAUCCUGUUUUUCACUUUGGAUAAUUUUCGAUCAGCGUCUUCUGAAAUAAUAGCAGUCACCACUCUAGUUAUUGGAACCCUGGGUCUGGUCGGAAACCUUUUCACUAUUCUCAAGAUAACGAUUGAUAAAAAGUUCCACACGCCGACAUUUGCUGUCAUUGGAUGCCUGAGUUUUGCUGAUUUUCUUUCGAUUGUACGAUGUUAUGUUGUUUAUUUUACUACUCUGCCAUCUUUAGGACAUGGUGUGCAAGUUUCUACAAUGCUUUUCAUGGCGUUUGAAGCAUCUUAUUUCAGUUCCCUUGGACACAUGAUGUUACUCUCUGUGGUCAGGUACUUGAUGACCGUUCAUCCCCUACAGAGUAGAAGUCACCUGACCACAUUAGUAGUCAUCUUAUGGUCUGUUAUGGUGUGGAUACUAAGUUUGUUAUUGUCAUCAUUUGAAGCAUUAUAUAUAACUAUUUUACUGGCUGGUCAGAUAGAGAACCUAUCAACAAUUUUAAAUUGGAGUGUGAAUAUUCGUUCUCUAUUCCAAGUUCUUUUUCCUUUUUGUACAAUAAUAACUCUACAUUGUUUAAAAAUGAAAUAUCUGAGAUCGUCACAAGUCCGUACAAAUACUAGAAGGAAAAUGAAUUUGAUUAUUACCGUAAUUCUUAGUGUGUUUCUCACUUCUCAAAGUUUUAUCAUGGUUUUGAAUUUGAUGGAAUUACUACGUUCUCAUGGAAUAUUUAAAUCUUAUGUCCGCAUACUUGAAUUUUUAAAAUAUUUUAUAGAUCUAACAAUUCUAUUACAGUUUGUACAUUUUUCUUGUAAUCCGUAUAUAUACUUUUUAAUUUCCUUUUGCUUUUGAGCUAAAUGAUUAUACACAAAUAUGAUAUUUAAGUUCAGUUUUUCAUAUUGAAUAUUGAUAAUGUGUUACCUGGAUGCUUUAAGCUACAAGAUUCAAAUUACUCAAACCUUAAAAGACUGUGUACGAUGCUCACUGUCCAUCUAGAACUUUGUAUUUUAGAAAUAAAACAAGACGUGCAUAUGGGUGUGUAAAUGCUAUAAGUGAAAAGGGUUCCGGAAAACAAACGUAUACCUAGUUUUCAAAAACACCCGGUUGUUUGGAAAGAAACAUGUUUAAAUGUACAUUAUAAGUUUGAAACAUCUUGGUACAAAUAUCUUAGGUUUCCAUUGAACUAAUCUUAAUUUGUACAAAGAAUACAUUGUGUAUUCUUAGAGAAGCAGUCUUAUCUAGUCGACCAGGUUUUCCUGAACACAACGCAGUAAGUCAGUAGUUAACCUUAAUCAAACGCUACUUUAUUUAAGAAUGUAGUCAGUCAUUUGUUUUAUACUAAAGUGCCUUAUAAAUGUGAGAAAAAAGAACAAAUAAAUUUAUCACUUCUGAAUCAAUAAGCAUUGAAUGCAGAUUGACUGAGUUUCAUAAGAGGCAGGAAGACAGUGCUCAACAAGAAUUUCAUAAACAACCACACAAAAAUAUCUCAAAGAUUACCCCUCCUUUCACUAUUAUACACACUGCUCCAUAUACUGAAGUCCCCCGAUAAAAUUUUAUAUGAACACCUAGCAUGAUGAUUGAUUCGCUUUUGGAUCUUAAUUGUUUUAACUGGUGACAUGCAGAAUGUAUUUAGUAUUUAAUGUUUGAAAUGAAAGUGUUUAUUAUUGAUAAUGUUAAAAUGAUGAUAUAUAAGUUUCUAGUACGAAGUGCACUGUCAUAUCCAUAUUCCGCAAUGUAGUUAUUAUGGCGACAAUGCCGAUAACAACAAAGAAUUGUUAUGAAAAUUCAAAUCAUACAACACGGACUAUUUGGCCAUUCUUCACACAUUGAAUUUGACUACGGGUUACUCCGUUUACCUGAUCAUGAUAUAAAGCUCACGACGGUUGUGUCCGGUCGAGAGGGGACGCUUACUCUCCCUAGGAAUCUGAUCCCACCUCUGGUGUGUCUAGGGGUCCGUGAUUGCCUAACUCCCUUGUGGUAUUUUUAUGAGAUUGAUCAUUGUCCGUUAUCCUCUAUGGUGAAACAUUUCUCUAUUACAUGAAAUCUUUCAUGUUCAAAGCUAGAUUUAAUACUAUUUGAAAAUAUAACCACUAAAUAAUAGUUGAUUGUAUUGUAAUCUUAUAACGUUCUCGAUAUGUUUAUAUUUAUUGAAGCAUUACAUCGAUCUCUGUAGGUAUGAAUGUACCUGUAAUGCAUUUUUGUGACCAUAUUUAACUUCAUUUUUUCAAUUAUUAUUUUCAUAUUUCAUUUUUUUUUUAGUUCCGCAGGUAUAUAGAAUGCAACAGUAAUAAUGAUGAGCUGUUUUUAUUGAUCGUUUGUUUCUUGACUUACGUUCUAUUCUAGAUUAUCACUUACGUAGUCGGAAAAUUUAAAACCUCCAAAUGUGAAUUGCCAAACCAUUUCAGGAAUCACAUUUAGACAUCAAUAAGUGGUAGUUUUAUGUUUUGAUGUGCCAUCUUUUUGCUGUAUACUUUAUGUAGCUUGUAUUUUGAUGCACAUAUAUUGUACAUAUGUAAUUGCUUGGGAUCAGCAUAUUGAAAUAUCAGUUUGCAUUGGGUGAUUAGCUGUUACUCUGAUGCACUAUUAUCCUUUAUAUAAUUUUCAUCAUUUUCGUCAUUUUUAAUAAAUUGUAUUUAUGGAAUCCCCAUGGGUACCAA